CAGGCCAAGUUUGGAGUCAUGGAGACCAAAGACGAAGCCGGAGCCUGGUGUGCGGCUACAAACGACGACAAACAGUUCCUUCUCAUCGACUUGGAGCAGGAGAAGCUCGUCACCGGGAUCGUUACACAAGGCAGAAACUCCAGUCCGGACUGGCCGGACGGACCGACUAGCCACUGGGUCACGUCAUACACACUGUCGUACGGACUGGAGAAUGGAGACGAAAACGAGUACAAGGACAAGAAGGGAGAACUAAAAAUAUUCAAGGGCAACAAAGACACAGACACGCCAGUCACCCAUAACUUUGCUGAGUUCGGCGGACCGUUCAAUGCACGUUAUGUCAAGAUCCACCCAGUCACGUGGAACGACCACAUCUGUAUGAGAGCGGACAUGAUCGUUGAAGAUCCGGUGAAAAAGCAACUGAAGGAAGUGGCCAAGAAGGAAGAACAGAUGACAGUUAUUGCUGAAAGUGUCACAGAAACAUCCGUGAUCGCCAGCAGCGUCACUAUGGUUUCUGUCACCACUUCUACCGAGCUGGACGUGCGUUACACCGUCACUCAGGCAAAGUUUGGCGUCGUGGAGACCAAAGACGAAGCCGGAGCCUGGUGUGCGGCUACAAACGACGACAAACAGUUCCUUCUCAUCGACUUGGAGCAGGAGAAGCUCGUCAACGGGAUCGUUACACAAGGCAGAAACUCCAGUCCGGACUGGCCGGACGGACCGACUAGCCACUGGGUCACGUCAUACACACUGUCGUACGGACUGGAGAAUGGAGACGAAAACCAGUACAAGGACAAGAAGGGAGAACUGAAAAUCUUCAAGGGCAACAAAGACACGGACACGCCAGUCACCCAUAACUUUACUGAGUUCGGCGGACCGUUCAACGCACGUUAUGUCAAGAUCCACCCAGUCACGUGGAACGACCACAUCUGUAUGAGAGCGGACAUGAUCGUUGAAGAUCCGGUGAAAAAGCAACUGAAGGAAGUGGCCAAGAAGGAAGAGCAGAUGACAGUUAUUGCUGAAAGUGUCACAGAAACAUCGGUGAUCGCCAGCAGCGUCACUGUGGUUUCUGUCACGACCUCUACCGAGCUGGACGUGCGUUACACCGUCACCCAGGCCAAGUUUGGCGUCGUGGAGACCAAAGACGAAGCCGGAGCCUGGUGUGCGGCUACAAACGACGACAAACAGUUCCUUCUCAUCGACUUGGAGCAGGAGAAGCUCGUCACCGGGAUCGUUACACAAGGCAGAAACUCCAGUCCGGACUGGCCGGACGGACCGACUAGCCACUGGGUCACGUCAUACACACUGUCGUAUGGACUGGAGAAUGGAGACGAAAACGAGUACAAGGACAAGAAGGGAGAACUGAAAGUCUUCAAGGGCAACAAAGACACAGACACGCCAGUCACUCAUAACUUUGCUGAGUUCGGCGGACCGUUCAAUGCACGUUAUGUCAAGAUCCACCCAGUCACGUGGAACGACCACAUUUGUAUGAGAGCAGACAUGAUCGUUGAAGAUCCGGUUAAAAAGCAACUGAAGGAAGUGGCCAAGAAGGAAGAACAGAUGACAGUUAUUGCUGAAAGUGUCACAGAAACAUCGGUGAUCGCCAGCAGCGUCACUAUGGUUUCUGUCACGACCUCUACCGAGCUGGACGCGCGUUACACCGUCACCCAGGCCAAGUUUGGCGUCGUGGAGACCAAAGACGAAGCCGGAGCCUGGUGUGCGGCUACAAACGACGACAAACAGUUCCUUCUCAUCGACUUGGAGCAGGAGAAGCUCGUCACCGGGAUCGUUACACAAGGCAGAAACUCCAGUCCGGACUGGCCGGACGGACCGACUAGCCACUGGGUCACGUCAUACACACUGUCGUAUGGACUGGAGAAUGGAGACGAAAACGAGUACAAGGACAAGAAAGGAGAACUUAAGAUCUUCAAGGGCAACAAAGACACAGACACGCCAGUCACCCAUAACUUUGCUGAGUUCGGCGGACCCUUCAAUGCACGUUAUGUCAAGAUUCACCCAGUCACGUGGAACGAUCAUAUCUGCAUGAGGGCAGACAUGAUCGUUGAAGAUGCGGUGAAAAAGCAACUGAAGGAAGUGGCCAAGAAGGAAGAGCAGAUGACAGUUAUUGCUGAAAGUGUCACAGAAACAUCGGUGAUCGCCAGCAGCGUCACUAUGGUUUCUGUCACGACCUCUACCGAGCUGGACGUGCGUUACACCGUCACCCAGGCCAAGUUUGGCGUCGUGGAGACCAAAGACGAAGCCGGAGCCUGGUGUGCGGCUACAAACGACGACAAACAGUUCCUUCUCAUCGACUUGGAGCAGGAGAAGCUCGUCACCGGGAUCGUUACACAAGGCAGAAACUCCAGUCCGGACUGGCCGGACGGACCGACUAGCCACUGGGUCACGUCAUACACACUGUCGUAUGGACUGGAGAAUGGAGACGAAAACGAGUACAAGGACAAGAAGGGAGAACUGAAAAUCUUCAAGGGCAACAAAGACACAGACACGCCAGUCACCCAUAACUUUGCUGAGUUCGGCGGACCGUUCAAUGCACGUUAUGUCAAGAUCCACCCAGUCACGUGGAACGACCACAUCUGUAUGAGAGCGGACAUGAUCGUUGAAGAUCCGGUGAAAAAGCAACUGAAGGAAGUGGCCAAGAAGGAAGAGCACAUGACAGUAAUUGCUGAAAGUGUCACGGAAACAUCGGUGAUCGCCAGUAGCGUCACUAUGGUUUCUGUCACCACUUCCACGGAGCUGGACGUGCGUUACACCGUCACCCAGGCAAAGUUUGGCAUCGUGGAGACCAAAGACGAAGCCGGAGCCUGGUGUGCGGCUACAAACGACGACAAACAGUUCCUUCUCAUCGACUUGGAGCAGGAGAAGCUCGUCACCGGGAUCGUUACACAAGGCAGAAACUCCAGUCCGGACUGGCCGGACGGACCGACUAGCCACUGGGUCACGUCAUACACACUGUCGUACGGACUGGAGAAUGGAGACGAAAACGACUACAAGGACAAGAAGGGAGAACUGAAAGUCUUCAAGGGCAACAAAGACACAGACACGCCAGUCACCCAUAACUUUGCUGAGUUCGGCGGACCGUUCAAUGCACGUUAUGUCAAGAUCCACCCAGUCACGUGGAACGACCACAUCUGUAUGAGAGCAGACAUGAUCGUUGAAGAUCCGGUUAAAAAGCAACUGAAGGAAGUGGCCAAGAAGGAAGAACAGAUGACAGUUAUUGCUGAAAGUGUCACAGAAACAUCGGUGAUCGCCAGCAGCGUCACUAUGGUUUCUGUCACGACCUCUACCGAGUUGGACGUGCGUUACACCGUCACCCAGGCCAAGUUUGGCGUUGUGGAGACCAAAGACGAAGCCGGAGCCUGGUGUGCGGCUACAAACGACGACAAACAGUUCCUUCUCAUCGACUUGGAGCAGGAGAAGCUUGUCACCGGGAUCGUUACACAAGGCAGAAAUUCCAGUCCGGACUGGCCGGACGGACCGACUAGCCACUGGGUCACGUCAUACACACUGUCGUAUGGACUGGAGAACGGAGACGAAAACGAGUACAAGGACCCGAAAGGAGAGCUGAAAGUCUUCAAGGGCAACAAAGACACAGACACGCCAGUCACUCAUAACUUUGCUGAGUUCGGCGGACCGUUCAAUGCACGUUAUGUCAAGAUCCACCCAGUCACGUGGAACGACCACAUCUGUAUGAGAGCUGACAUGAUCGUUGAAGAUCCGGUGAAAAAGCAACUGAAGGAAGUGGCCAAGAAGGAAGAGCAGAUGACAGUUAUUGCUGAAAGUGUCACAGAAACAUCAGUGAUCGCCAGCAGCGUCACUGUGGUUUCUGUCACGACCUCUACCGAGCUGGACAUGCGUUACACCGUCACCCAGGCCAAGUUUGGCGUCGUGGAGACCAAAGACGAAGCCGGAGCCUGGUGUGCGGCUACAAACGACGACAAACAGUUCCUUCUCAUCGACUUGUAGCAGGAGAAGCUCGUCACCGGGAUCGUUA